AUGAUUCCGGCACCAAUCGCGCCGACGCCAGCACCGACUGCUUCUCGGUCACUCUAUCUCACAGAUGCCCAGCAGACAGACAUAUACCAUCAAUCACGGAAUCACGCAGUGUCGUUCCUCCAAAACUCGCUCAGUGAUCUGCAUGAAUGGGAGUUCAUCUCGGAAAAGAAGAGUGUGCAAUUCUACCGCAAGAAGAGCAAUGACGGCACGACCUACACGAUCAACGGCAUCACACGCAUCGUGGCAGACUUGGACGAGACCAUGCGCACGUUGUACUGCGAAGACACAACAGCACUCAGCGACUUGUUCUCUCAACUUCAUGACGAUGCCUUUGCCGACGGCGCCGUCCUCGCUGCAUUGCCAGCCAAACGCGAUCCUUCCGGCAUCUGCCGCGAGCAAUGUAGCAUCAAGAACUUAUCGUUUCGUCCAUUCAACGCGAUGGACAAAGCGCGCCAGUACACGGUCGUUGACUACUGCACGAUCCGAACGGGCAAGGCCGAGGAAGGCAACUGCGGCGACACCACAGACAACCGCCUCGGCAUCCAACUCAUGUACUCGACGGAUGCAGUGGACCCGACGGCCGCCACUUCCACUCGCCGUCUUGCAUCCUCGUCGUCCCUAGCAACUGCAACUUCCUCCUUUGACGAAUCGAGUGCGAGCCAACUCCUUCCGUCCGGGUUCAUCGUGUACCCCACGGCCAAGAAAGGUGUGCUGGAAGUUAUAUUUUCGUGGUCUGCGCACGACCCGCGCGGCAUCUCUCGCGGCUACAAGAAAAGCAUCCUGAGUCUUGUGGCGAGCGUUGCACGGCUCGAGAACAUUUUUCUGGCGCUGCGGAUCGCCGCCGCCGGGUUCAUCAAGUCGAAGAACUGGUAUGGACGUUUUAAAGCACGGUCCAACUACAUCAAGUCAAUGCUGACGGAGAAGAACAAGGAAAACCACAUGAAGUUUGCACUGAGCUUUCUCUCGCCUUGGUCACAAGGAAACCACGUCUUAAAAAACAUGUACGAUUUCGUUCAUGUCGAUGAAAAAUGGUUCUUUAUGACCAAGGUGAAGAGAAAGUUCUAUGUGUAUGAAGACGAGGAAAUGGCACUGCGGUCAGCGAAGCACAAGAAUCAGAUCAUGAAGGUUAUGUUCUUUGCGGCUGUUGCAAGGCCUCGCUACGAUUACAAGUCAAGGCGUUUUUUUGACGGCAAGUUGGGCAUAUGA